AUCUACCUGACCAUGGAUCCACAGCGGCUGCUCUCCCUGAUCCUGCUCUUCUUAUCUCUGCAACAAAAAGGGAGGACUGCAGAUGAUGAUUACUUCCACAUCCUGAUGACAUGUCAGUUUGUGGAGCGGGGCUCACAGACCGAUGUUAACUACGGCAUUCAGUAUCAGUACAACGGACGUCUGCAGGCACAGUACAACAGCUCGACAGAGACCGUGGUUGGAUUCACACGAUAUGGACAAACGUUCGCAGGCGAGGUUAAUAAAGAUCCAGACUACCUUCGGAUCAGAAAAUAUGAAGAGGACUUCUACUGCAAAAUCCUUGCUGCUCAGCUGUACGGAGGCAUCCAGGGAAAAGCAGUUCCUCCAGUCAGCAGGAUGAGGUCUGACCGAAGUGGAGACUCGGAGCUUCUGGUCUGCAGUUCCUACAACUUUUACCCCCCACAGAUCAGACAGACUUGGCUGAAGGACGGCGUCGUCAUGGCCGACCCUCCAGUUUCCAUGGUUACAGAGAUGCCUGGUGGAGCGUGGCGUUACCAGGUUCACUCCCACCUGAAGGUCAGCCCGGCCUCAGGAAACUUCACCUGCAUGGUGGAGCACAUCAGCCUGCCGACGCCUCAGCUGCUGGAACCAAAGCGGCCUGAGUCCAACACCGGGCCGAUGGUUCUGGGGGGCGUCUUUCUCGGACUGGGACUGCUGGUUCUGCUGCUCUCUACUGGAUUUUACUGGAGAAAGACUCGCAGCACAAACAGCAGCAGGUCGGAGGUUUCUGCAUGCGAUGCCUGAUGAAGAACAGAACCGAGGACGCUGACGUGAUGGCAGCAGCUGAGGUCAACAUCAGUCACAUGUUCCUGCAGAGGGAGCGCCACCAGAACCGGACCCUAGGCUGACCUCGGUCCUGACCGUCAGACUAUAACUACACCGACAUGCACCUCGCUCAUCGUUACUUUUAUGAUCAGAACCUUCUUCUCUACCGUUCAUCCUACAGAUCAACAAAAUGACGUUUUUAAUACUUUUUAACAGUUCACUGUUAGUUCAUGAAUGUUUUGUUCAGUUACAGAUGAUCUAGAAACAAAUCACAGAAUGUCCACAUCAAAAUCUGUUUGAAUCUGUUUUAAUUUGUUCUUUUACAACAUGUGACUGUUU